UUUUGUAACACACUUAGCAAGAUGGAGAAUUUGUGUUUGGUUUUUCUUUUGAUAAUAUCAUUUGUUUUUCCUGUCCUUGGCCAGGGAGGACUAAAAACAGGGUUCUAUUCAUCUUCAUGCCCAAAUGCAGAGUCCAUAGUGAAGUCAACAGUUCAAGCAGAGUUUAAUAAAGAUCCUACAAUUGCUGCUGGUUUACUCAGGCUUCAUUUUCAUGAUUGCUUUGUUCAGGGCUGUGAUGGUUCUGUUUUGAUAUCUGGAAGUUCGGCUGAGAGAAAUGCAGUGACUAAUACAGGACUGAGAGGAUUUGAAGUGAUCGAUGAUGCAAAAUCACAGCUUGAAGCUUCAUGCCCUGGUGUUGUCUCCUGUGCUGAUAUCCUAGCUUUAGCAGCUCGUGAUGCAGUAGACUUGGUUGGAGGUCCAAGCUGGGGAGUGCCUACAGGAAGAAGAGAUGGUAGAAACUCUUCAUCCUCAGAAGCAAUGAACUUACCUUCACCAUUUGACACAGUUGAGGUCCAGAGGAGCAAGUUUGCAGAUAAAGGCCUCGAUGAUCAUGAUCUCGUCACCCUUGUUGGGGCACAUACAAUUGGACAAACGGAUUGCAGAUUCUUUAGUUAUCGACUAUACAACUUUACAAAAACAGGAAAUGCAGAUCCAAGCAUAGACCAACAAUUCUUGACACAACUUAAGACUAUAUGUCCCAAAGAUGGCGACGGAUUGAAGAAGGUUGAUUUAGACAAAGACAGUCAGUUGAAUUUUGAUGUGAGUUUUUUCAAGAAUGUUAGAAAUGGAAAUGGGAUUCUUGAGUCAGAUCAGAGGCUGUUGGGUGACUCUUCAACAAAAGAUGUAGUGGACAAAUAUGCAGGGAGUAUAAGGGGAUUGUUGGGAUUAAGAUUCAAUUAUAACUUUAAACAAGCUAUGAUUAAAAUGAGUAGCAUUGAAGUUAAGAGUGGCACUGAUGGGGAGAUUAGAAAAGUAUGUUCCAGGUUCAAUCACUAUUAUUAAAAAGCUAUGCUAACUGUGUUAUAUGUCAGCCUGUAACUGAGUAUGUUAACAUGAAUAA